AAAAAAUCUUCCCUUCCUUCUAUUUGGUAACGGCCAGGUUCCCAAAGUGGAAGGCAUGAUUGAUUUCCAUGCUUUGGAGAAAGAGCUGGAAGAAGCUAUUGCCACAGAUGAGAAAUACCAGAGAGAAAAUGAGGCUAAAUUCCGAGCGGUACAUCAGAAAGUAUCAUCUUAUGAAGAAUUCAGACUCUUCCUCCAUUCUGUCUGCAGAGAUAUUGUUCUAGCUUCCCAUUUGAAACCUCUGGAGAAAAAGGACAAAAUGGAAUGUGGCAGAAAUGUGUUGUGGAACUCCUGUGCAGUUAAAGCAAAUCACAAACAAGAGAGUAAGAUAGACUUGCCUCAGGAAUUAGAAAGCCUGCCUGAGACUUCUGCAGAGUUCUACAGAGAUUGGCGCAGAUGUAUGAAAAACAAUCAGGAUCGCUAUCUCCUCCUCCUCCAACUUGGAGCCCAAAACUUGGGCCGGAUCUUCCAAACAGAUCUUGCCUUUGGCCUCUUAGGUGAAUUUCUAGUGGUGCUGAACCAAAAUGCUUCCAUUAAAGACUGCAAUUUUAUCUUGGAUAUCUUGGAGAAUUUAUCAGGCACCAAACGUUUUGGACUGAACAUUGAACUCCUUAGUGAGAAAGAGAAAGAAAACUGCAGGCAAUUGUUUGAAAAAUUGCAAAAAAUAGAAAAUGACCUUGGCAAUUUUUCUGAAAUUCAAGAGAUUCCAGAUGAAGAUGGUACAGAUGCUACUCAAAUCCAUUGUCAAGGACGUAAAGGAAUUGGAAAAAAAGUGUUAAAACUGAUGAACCUUUACCAAAUCUCCUUGAUCAAUUCUUGAGUAUAAUAACUAAUAACUAAAGAUGGAAACAUUGUAAUAUAAAAAAAGACUAGAAUGCCUAUUAAAAACAUACCUAUCAGCCCUUUUAGUAUAUAUUGGAAAAAUAAGAGCAUAUGAAAAAUAGAUACCUAAUCAGAGAGGCUCACUUCUUGCUUUUUGUCUCAAUUGCAUUAAAUAUUAUAUGAACUUAAACCAUUAUCAGCUUAAAAGUAUGCAUUAUUUAUUUUGGAAUACUUUUGUCAUAUUUCUUAUUACACAUCUUGAUUGAUCUUUUGCUUUAGUUAGAAGGCUUAGUCAUUGAAGUAUGAAAGACACUACUGACAACUCGGAUGUUGGCUCUUUGAGUAUAUUUAUAUAGAGGCUUUUUUGACUAAUAGGUAAGCAUAGCAAGCAAUGCAGCUGAAAUCAGAGAGAAGGAUUUUUAAUUCACAUUGGAGAACCUGAAUGUUUACAUUUAUAGAUAAAACAGGCCAUAUGCCAAGAGAUUGGGGAGCAGCAAUUAUCAUACCAAUUUAUAAAAAAGGUAAUAGAAAUGACCCAGGCAAUUAUAGACCCAUUAGUCUUCUGAGCGUUAUUAGUAAACUAUAUGCCAAACACCUAAACUAUAAACUUCAGGAUUGGCUAAUUUCAGGGAGGAUAAUCAAAGAUGAACAAGCCAGUUUUAGAGAAGGAAGAUCUAGAGUGGAUCAUAUUGUAGUACUCCACCAUUUAGUACAAAAAUGCACAUAUAAAAAAAUCCUCUUUUUGUGGCCUUCCUUGAUUUUAAGCAGGCCUUUGAUUCAAUAUCCAGGAUCACCCUCUGGGAGAAAUUAAAAUGCACCACUAUCAAUAAACACCGCCAAUCCCUCAUACAAAAAUUGUAUGCAAAUUCCACCUUGAAAGUGACAUGCAAUCCCCAAGGGAGUUUAAAGGUACAAAAAGGGGUACAGUUGCAUCCUGUCCCGCUCCCUCUUUAACUUCUAUAUUAAUCCCCUGAUUGAUCUCUUAUAGAACCAUAAUUUCCAUCCUCCUAAUCUAGCACAACGCAAGAUUCCAAUUCUCUUGUAUGCUGAUGAUGCCGCUAUUAUUUCACAAACCACCUAUAGGACUGAAGAGAGCAAUUAGGGCAACACUCGGCCAUUGCAGGCAAAACAAGCUUUAACUUUGAUAAAUCAAAAAUUUUAGUUUUUGCUAAAAGACCUAGCCAAUACCCCUGGAAAAUAGAAGGACAUAGUUUACAACAGGUUAGAACAUUUAGAUAUCUUGGGGUGGUUUUCCACUUGCAAGGGACAUGAAAGGCACACCAAGAUCAUACAUUGCAAGCAGCCAAUAGGUCCUCAAAUGCAAUUAAACACUUCUUUUACACAGGCAGAGGUCAGUUAGUACCUGCUCCCUUAAAACUUUUUGAGGCCAAACCAUUGGCACAAAUUCUAUAUGGGGCAGAAACAGGAAUCCAUGCAAAGAAAGACUUGCUAGAAACCAUACAAACCAAAUUCCUGUGAGCAAUCUUAGCGGCACCCAAAGGAACUUCAAAUGCCCAGUUAAGGCAUGCCUCAAAUUCAGGUAAGAGCCUGGAAGAUGAUGAUCAUUCAUUGGUUUAAAAUGCAUUUCUUUCC